ACUAUUACAAUCCCCCUGAGAUUAGUCAGUGAAAGUGAGAGUUGAAUAAAGUAGACGGAGGAAAAGAUGGGAGGAAAAUUCUUCUACCUUCUGGUAGCUUCAACUUUGAUAGCCUACUACAUCUACCAGCCUUUACCAGAGAAUGUGGAGGAACCCUGGAAAGUGAUGCUUUUAGAUGCUAGCUUUAGAAGCUUAAUUCAUGUGGCCACAAUUGUGGAGAAGUUGGGAGUUGGACACUUUAUGGAUGUUCUAAAUCUGCACACAAUUGCUACAUAUACACCUCCUACAUCUGAUGAAAAAGUCAUUGUAACAGACACAGAAUUUAGCCAUGUUCCAGUACGUCUUUACAUUCCUACAAAGCAGUCAGAUGUCUUGAAAAGAGCAGUGAUUUUCAUCCAUGGAGGUGGAUGGUGUACAGGAUCAGCAAUUACAGACUAGCUCCAAAAUAUCGGUUCCCAGUUGCAUUUGAAGACGUGUACUCAGUAUCAAAAUACUUUCUACAAAGCAGCAUUCUGGAGAAAUAUAAUGUAGACCCAAGCCGCAUCGGCAUUGCAGGGGACAGCGCAGGAGGUGGCUUAGCUGCAGCUGUAACCCAGCAGCUUCUAGAUGACCCUGAUGUCAGAACUAAAUUCAAGAUUCAAGCUUUAUUGUAUCCUGGUCUUCAGAGUAUUGAUCUAGAAUUGCCAUCCUAUCAGGAUAAUAAAAACAUACCAAUUCUGUCUAAAACAUUAGUAAUAAGAUUCCUCAGUGAAUAUAUUACAUCAGAUGAAUCUUUUUCCAAAGCUUUAGAGACCAACCAACAUGUUCCUGCAGAGUUCAACCAUCUGUUUAAGUUUGUAAACUGGAGUAAGUGGCUCCCUGAAAGAUUUAAAAAAGGCCACAUUUACACUGACCCAUCACAUAGAAAUUCCAAAACUGGACACAAAUAUCCAGAUUUACUGGAUCCAAGGAGCGGACCACUUUUAGUUGAGGACAUCAAGCUUCAGGGCUUACCACUUACAUAUAUCAUGACUUGUCAAUAUGAUGUCUUGAGGGAUGAUGGAAUUAUGUAUGUUUCCCGUCUUAGGGAAGCAGGAGUUGAGGUAACACACGAACAUGUUGACAAUGCUUUUCAUGGUGUUGUAACAUUUAUUACAGGCCCUUUUGCCCAAAAUAUAGGACACAGAAUGGCUAACAAUUACAUUGAGUGGCUAAAUAAGAACCUGUGAAAAUACACCCAUACCACCUCAAUUAAUAUUAUUUUUUUCAGGGACAUUAUCUUUUUGGUCAAUAAAUUUGACACUGUAAGUCUGCAGUUAUUAUACUUGAUAUAGAAUCUCUUGUUUCCUGCUGUUUGAAUACGUAUGAGAAGCUUAGUAGAAUAUGUGGGAGACUUGUAUAACCAUUAAAUGAUUAAUAAUUUAAAAUGAAAAAUAAAGUUUUUCACCAUUUUAUUUGUGAAAUUAUAGACUUGAUCUUGAUGUUGUUC